CAGGGAUGGGGAUCUUGCAGAAUUUCUGGGAUUUAGCAGGACGGAGCCACACCCCUGGAGCCAUAGCCCCGCCUUCAGCACCUGCUUGUUUUCACCGCUUGGUUGCCGUGGAGACUCGUAGGUACCCUGAGCUAGCCGCUCUAGCUUGAGAGUCUCGUUGGGUUGCGGGCUCUCUGGCCCGCGGUUCUUCUCGAUGGUCUAAGCCUUCCGGAAGGGGGUCGGCCGGUGCGGAGCCGGGUUGAGGGGCUGAGAGCUUUUGGCCGCGGAUUGGAAGGUUUGGGGCGGGACUAGGUGGGCCGCACGGACCGGGCCUCUCCGUGAACAGUGACUGACGAAGCCUGGAGGCGGCGCGGGAGGCUCAGGAACACCCAGCCUCUGAGGCCGGAUAAGCAUGAGGAUAACAAGUGAAUUUUGAGACACAGAGGAGGGAUGAGGCGACAUUAGGGCAUGGCCUGGACCAUUGGCUGCGAGGGGCCUAGGAUGCGGGCUCCUGGAGCAGGAACAGCCUCUGUGGCCUCACUGGCGCUGCUUUGGUUUCUGGGACUUCCGUGGACCUGGAGCGCGGCGGCGGCGUUCUGUGUGUACGUGGGUGGCGGCGGCUGGCGCUUUCUGCGUAUCGUCUGCAAGACGGCGAGGCGAGACCUCUUUGGCCUCUCCGUUCUGAUUCGUGUGCGGCUAGAGCUGCGACGACACCGGCGAGCAGGAGACACGAUCCCGCGCAUCUUCCAGGCUGUGGCCCGGCGACAACCAGAGCGCCUGGCGCUGGUGGACGCGAGUAGUGGUAUAUGCUGGACCUUUGCACAGCUGGACACCUACUCCAAUGCUGUAGCCAACCUGUUCCGCCAGCUGGGCUUUGCACCAGGCGAUGUGGUGGCUAUGUUCCUGGAGGGCCGGCCAGAGUUCGUGGGACUGUGGCUGGGCCUGGCCAAGGCCGGUGUGGUGGCUGCGCUUCUCAAUGUCAACCUAAGGCGGGAGCCCCUGGCCUUCUGCCUGGGCACAUCAGCUGCCAAGGCCCUCAUUUAUGGCGGGGAGAUGGCAGCGGCGGUGGCGGAGGUGAGCGAGCAGCUGGGGAAGAGCCUCCUCAAGUUCUGCUCUGGAGAUCUGGGGCCUGAGAGCAUCCUGCCUGACACGCAGCUCCUGGACCCCAUGCUUGCUGAGGCGCCCACCACACCCCUGGCACAAGCCCCAGGCAAGGGCAUGGAUGAUCGUCUGUUUUACAUCUAUACUUCUGGGACCACCGGGCUUCCUAAGGCUGCCAUUGUGGUGCACAGCAGGUACUACCGCAUUGCUGCCUUUGGCCACCAUUCCUACAGCAUGCGUGCCGCCGAUGUGCUCUAUGACUGCCUGCCACUCUACCACUCUGCAGGGAACAUCAUGGGUGUGGGGCAGUGCGUCAUCUACGGGUUGACGGUGGUACUGCGCAAGAAGUUCUCCGCCAGCCGCUUCUGGGAUGACUGUGUCAAGUACAAUUGCACGGUAGUGCAGUACAUAGGUGAAAUCUGCCGCUACCUGCUGAGGCAGCCGGUUCGCGACGUGGAGCAGCGGCACCGAGUGCGCCUGGCCGUGGGUAACGGGCUGCGGCCAGCCAUCUGGGAGGAGUUCACGCAGCGCUUCGGUGUGCCGCAGAUCGGCGAGUUCUACGGCGCCACCGAGUGCAACUGCAGCAUUGCCAACAUGGACGGCAAGGUCGGCUCCUGCGGCUUCAACAGCCGUAUCCUCACGCAUGUGUACCCCAUCCGUCUGGUCAAGGUCAAUGAGGACACGAUGGAGCCACUGCGGGACUCCGAGGGCCUCUGCAUCCCGUGCCAGCCCGGGGAACCCGGCCUUCUCGUGGGCCAGAUCAACCAGCAGGACCCUCUGCGGCGUUUCGAUGGUUAUGUUAGUGACAGCGCCACCAACAAGAAGAUUGCCCACAGCGUUUUCCGAAAGGGCGAUAGUGCCUACCUCUCAGGUGACGUGCUAGUGAUGGACGAGCUGGGCUACAUGUAUUUCCGUGACCGCAGCGGGGACACCUUCCGCUGGCGCGGGGAGAACGUGUCCACCACGGAGGUGGAAGCCGUGCUGAGCCGCCUACUGGGCCAGACGGACGUGGCUGUGUAUGGGGUGGCUGUGCCAGGAGUGGAGGGUAAAGCUGGCAUGGCAGCCAUCGCAGAUCCCCACAGCCAGUUGGACCCUAACUCAAUGUACCAGGAAUUGCAGAAGGUUCUUGCAUCCUAUGCUCGGCCCAUCUUCCUGCGUCUUCUGCCCCAGGUGGAUACCACAGGCACCUUCAAGAUCCAGAAGACCCGGCUGCAGCGUGAAGGCUUUGACCCCCGUCAGACCUCAGACAAGCUCUUCUUUCUAGACCUGAAGCAGGGACGCUAUCUACCCCUGGAUGAGAGAGUCCAUGCCCGCAUUUGCGCAGGCGACUUCUCACUCUGAGCCUGGAGAGUGGGCUGGGCCUGGACUCCUGAGACCUGGGAGCCUGACACCCCUCUUCAGGUGCUUCUCCUGCCUGGCCACAUGGACAGCAGCACCUGUGAGAGUAGGAAAAUGGAACCUGAGUGGCUGGGGCCCCUCUCCUACUUCCCACUAUGCAUCCAUUUUGCCUCUGCCUUGAUCUUUUUCUCCAUCUCUUUUCUCCCUACCCAGCAGGAGCCCCACAAACACAUGUUGGCUGCUGUGUCCUGCAGUUGGACCAGUGUCCAGGGGUACAGGCUGCAGGCUGUGACCCACACUGGUACCCACCUCCCUUUCCUAUUGUGCCUUAGGUUCAUCCACGGUUCCCCUGUGGAGCAAGUGGGGGCCCAUAUAGCUGCUGUCCCUGCUGAGGGUUGGUAGCAAGCACACCCUCAUGUCAGCUGGGAGACACACGCAGUCUCCCACUGACCCCUAAUCAACUGAAAAUAUUGGUUGUUUUUUUUUUUGUUGUUUUUUUUUGUUUGUUUGUUUUUCGAGACAGGGUUUCUCUGUAUAGCCCUGGCUGUCCUGGAACUCACUCUGUAGACCAGGCUGGCCUCAAACUCAGAAAUCUUCCUCCCACUGCCUCCCAAGUGCUGGGAUUAAAGGCGUGUGCCACCACCGCCAGGCUGUUUUGUAUUUUUGUUUUGUUUUGAGAUAGGGUCUCACUGUGGAGGCCAAGCUGGCCUCAGACUCCCCACCCCACUGUCUCUGGGUACCAUUCUACAUUCUCAGACUGAUGACACUUAUGCACUAGUGUCCCUAAGAGUCUUCUGAGUCUCCACUUACCCCUCAUAUCCUAAAAGCUUCCAGAACUGACUCUGAUCACUUGGAUGUGGCUAGUGUUGGCUCUACCCACAUGUGUCAAUUCAGGGGUCCCCAGGCAUAGUCUCUGGAAGCCCUCACCCUGGCAAAGCUUGGAGAAACCCAGGAAGGUGGUUGUGUUCUAUUGGGCACCCCACCCGGUGGCAGUCCUGGGCAUGCUUCCACACUGUACUAGUGCAGAUAGCCCAGACCUAUAACAUUUGAGGUCUACCCUUCUGGCUCCUGUGGUCCCCAUUCAGAUCCUUGGUGACUCACCUCAGUCACCAAGCUGAGCCUCUGCCUGCCUUCAUCUUCAAGGGCAUGAAGGAUGUGGACAGAGCAGCUACAGGCUGCCAGCAGGCAACCACAUGUGAGUGUUAACUUCCUUGUUGGUUUUAAAAAAUAAAUGUGCUGAGCCUCAA